AUUUUUUGUCAUGGAAACUUUCUUCACAAAACACCAACAAAUCUUGGCCACUUUACCAAUUUGAGCUUUAUGUUAUAUAGCCUAAACUCAUUUUCUUACUCCAAAAAAUCUUGAACUCUUUGCCAAAUUGAGUUUCAUUCAAGAAAUUUCUAUACAACAACAAUACUCAAUCCUGUCAUACGUCAAUAAAUCUUGGACCUUUUCUUAGAAUACUAAAAGUUAGGAUGGUUUUCAAAGAUUACCCACAUAUUCUUUAAGCCUCAAUGCCCAUGCCCAUACCCAUUUUUAAUAUAUUGACCCUUUUGUUAGUCAAAUCUUUUAAAGAAAUUUAAGGGUUUUUGUUGUUUCUCAAAAAGUUUCAAACUUUACCACUACCCAAGUGUGGCAUUGUGGUUAAAAGGUUAAAAAAAAAAAUUUCAAAAAAUGAGGGAUUUUCCUUCUUGUUUUGGUGAAAAUGGUGUUCAAAUUGCUGAUGCUUCUUCUUCAUCAGGUGCUUCUCUUGCUACUACUACUACAAAUAGUACUACUAACAAAAUAGCACAAAAUCUUGUUAUUUGUGUUUAUCAAUGUAGAUUACAUAGUACAUCUUGUUUUAUUAUCACUAUAACUUGGACUAAAAACUUAAUGGGCCAAGGUCUUUGUGCUGAAAUAAAUGAUUUAAGUAAUCAAUCUCUUUGUAAACUUGAAAUCAAACCAAGUUUAUUUAGCAAAAGAAGAGGGCUUAAAACGUCGAAAAUGGGCUCGAAAUCAAUCAACAUUUUUUGGGAUCUUUCUUGUGCUAAAUUUGCUUCAUCCCCUGAACCAAUUGAAGGUUUCUAUUUUGCCAUUAGUAUUAACCAAGAAUUGAUAUUGUUGUUGGGUGAUAUGGAAAAAGAAGUGUACAAAAAGAUGAAUUAUGCUAUAAGUCAUUCACCUAAUACGGUUUUCAUAUCGAAAAGAGAACAUAUUUUUGGUAAGAAAGUGUAUGCAACCACAGCUCAGUUUUGUGGCAAGGGACAAGUACAUGAUAUAUUGAUUGAAUGUGAUAGUAUUAGUAGUACGAGUGAACCGUGUUUAUUGAUUCGGAUUGAUGGAAAAAUGGUGAUGCAAGUAAAACAGCUUCAAUGGAAGUUUAGGGGAAAUUAUACUAUUUUGGUUGAUGGAUUGCCUGUUGAAGUAUACUGGGAUGUUCAUAGUUGGUUUUUUGGUAAGUUAACUGGAAAUGCAGUUUUCUUGUUUCAAACGUGUCUUUCGGCUGAGAAGUUGUGGGGUUCGGGUCAUCAGUCUGUUUUUAGCUGGUCAGGUUCGUUGAUUAAAGAUUGCGGCCAAUCUCAAGGGUUCGGGUUUUCUUUGGUCUUGUGUGCCUGGAAGAAUGAGUAGGGAAGUUGCCGUGUGGUUUAUACACAUUGUAAUCGUAACUGGAUGCAUUUUUUUUCAAGAUUUUUAGCCGUUUUUUAUAUCUAUUGAGAAGGUUAACUAGUUCUUGAACGCAAUUUAUUGUCUAGUUUUAUAGUUCUAUAUAGUGUUCAUCAUUUUAUA